AUGGUAGCCCAACUCGGGACUUUGUGGAGCUCUCGAGGUCUUAGACAAGGUUGUCCGCUUUCUCCGUUUCUCUUUUUAUUGGUAACGGAAGGUCUUACGAGAAUGGUUAAGAAGGCUUCGUCGGUGGGAGUGUUUAGAGGUUUUCCUUUAGAUUCUCGCCAUUCUUUAGAAAUUCUUCAAUUCGUGGAUGAUACUGUUUUAAUUGGAGAAGAUUCGUGGACUAAUCUUUGGCUUUUAAGGCUAUUCUUCGGGGUUUCGAGCUUGUUUUGGGUUUGCGGAUUUGUGGAGGUGGAGUGGAAGAAGUUAGAGGUGAAGGGUAGAGGGGAUUUUUGCUUUGUGGAGAAGUUGAAAGCUAUUAAAAGCAAAAUCCGUGUAUGGAAUAAAGAGAUUUUCGGAUGGAUUGAUCUUAACAUAGAAGAAGCGGGGAAAGAAAUGCAUUUUUUAGAUAACAAGUUUGCUCAUUUUGCAGGUAAUGUUCCGGAGGCGAUUGUUAUUCAAAGAUCGAAGGCGGCUAUUGAUUUUUGGAACAAUCUUAAUAUUAAGGAAGGUUAUCUCCGCCUCAAGUCGAGGCAAUUAUGGCUUUCCGAUGGUGAUAGUAACACGCGUUUUUUCCAUAAUUCCCUUAAAGCUAGAAGAAGGAGGAAUGCUUUAUGUUCUCUUUCCACUAAUAGAGGAGUGUUGGAGAAUGCCGUGGAGAUUAAAGACUUUGUUCAUGAUUUCUUUAAGUCCUUUUUUGAAGAAGACUUUGAGAGAAGGCCAUCUUUUGGUGAUUUGGGUAUGAAGAAGCUUCUUGAGAGGGAGGCGUGUAGUAUUGAGCGCCCUUUCUCGGAGGAGGAAGUGAAGAUAGCUAUUUGGUCGUGUGACGGUAAUAAAAGUGCGGGACCGGAUGGUUUCUCUUUGGAGUUCUAUAAGAGGUUUUGGAUGGUGAUUCGAGAAGAUGUGGUGAAGAUGUGCAAUGACUUUCAUAAUAAAUGCUCUCUUGUAAAAUCGAUUACGUCAUCCUUUGUUGCUUUGAUUCCUAAAGUAGUCAAUCCUCAAUCCUUAGGCGAGUAUCGCCCCAUUUGUUUGGUGGGGAGUAUCUACAAAAUUAUUGCUAAAUUGUUGGCGGCUAGAUUGAAAGAGGUUAUAGGAGGUUUGGUUUCUCCCAAUCAAACCGCUUUUGUCCCGGGUAGGAACAUGAUGGAUGGGGUUCUUUUGGUUAAUGAAAUCGUUGAUUGGUCGAAAAGGAAGAAAAGAAGUUGUCUUUUGCUUAAGGUGGAUUUCGAAAAAGCUUAUGAUUCCGUUUCAUGGCAAUAUCUUAGAGAAAUUUUGUCUUUGAUGGGUUUUGGAGAGAGGUGGAUGAGGUGGAUGGAAGCUUGCAUUUUUAAUAACCAUAUGUCCGUAAUGGUUAACGGAAGUGCUACUAAAGAAUUUAAGGUGCAUAGGGGCUUAAGACAAGGUGAUCCUUUGUCUCCUUUUCUUUUUGUUAUUGCCAUGGAGGGUUUAACGGCUCUCGUGAAAAGGUCGGUUGAGUUGGGUAAAUUUAAGCCUUUCAUGUAUGGGGAAGGUGAGUUUGUGGAUAUUCUCCAAUUCGCGGAUGAUACCAUCAUUUUAGGAGAAGCUUCUUGUGACAACAUUUGGAACCUUAAGGUUUUGUUGAGAGGGUUUGAAUUUGUGUCCGGAUUGAAGAUAAAUUUUUCUAAAAGCAACAUCUUAGGGGUUAAUGUGGGUGAUUGGUACAUCAAUGCCGCAACGAAGUUUCUUGCUUGUAAGAAAGGAAUGUUUCCUUUCAAAUUUUUAGGAAUCAUGGUGGGGGAAAGUCCGAGGAAAAAGAAAGUGUGGACGGAAGUUGUUAAUAAAAUAAAAGGGCGUCUUUCUUCGUGGAAGGGAAGGAACAUUUCCAUGGGAGGUAGGCUCACUCUUAUUAAUUCGGUUUUGAAUUCAAUUCCCAUUUUUAACCUUUCCUUCUUCAAAGUUCCGGGAAUCAUUGCCAAAGAGAUUAGAAGGCUUCAAAGUGAAUUUCUAUGGAGAGGUAAUUUUGAGAAAAGGAGCAUUCAUUGGGUGAGAUGGGAUGUUGUUUGUAGGCCUAAGGAGAAAGGUGGAUUGGGGGUUAGAGAUGUAAAGGAGGUUAAUAAAGCUUUACUUUUGAAGUGGAAGUGGAGAAUUUUAAACGAUGAUAAUGCUAUAUGGAGUAAUUUUCUUAAAGUGAGGUAUGUUAGCCCAAAAUUAAAUUUGCAAGAUCCUAGCGGAGAAUUGAGUAGUAGUGAAGACUCGAUUUGGUGGAGGGAUUUGUGCAAGAUUAAUUUACUAGAUGAGCAUGUGGAGUACGGUUUUACCGAGUGUUUCAAAAGUAAUUGCAUGAAUGGGAAGGAUACGCUUUUUUGGCAUACCUUGUGGGUGGGAGACAAACCCCUUCGCUUUUCUUUCCCGGAUUUGUAUGAUUUAUCUCCCAAGAAAUUUUGUUCGGUAGCGGAUAUUUUGAGUUGGGUUGAUGGAAGACAUGUGUGGGAUGUUCAAGCUUUAUUUUCCCGGGAAGAUGGUAGUGUUUCGGUUGUGGGGGCAGCAGCGGCAUUUUUGCCGAGUUGGCACCGGUUUUGUGAGCUAGUUGACGGUUUCACUCCAAGCGAAGUUGCGAGUGACACUUACGGUUGGUUCAUUAACUCGGAUAAGGAUUUUACGGUUGCGGGCAUUUCGUGGAUAAUUAAUGAAUCUAAAUCCGUAGCUUGGGAGCUUCAUGUGAUUCGUUCUUUGAAAAUUAUGUGGAGCAUUCCAUUACCGGCAAAGAUUAAGAUGUUUUCUUGGAGAUUUUUCGUCGAGCGCCUCCCGUCUAAAGAUCUUUUAUUAUUAAGAGGAGUUACUAAUUUGGCUAAUCCGGAUUGUGAGUUUUGUGGUGAUCAUGUUGAAACUUCUUUUCAUCUCUUUUUUCAUUGUCAUAUGGCGAAAGAGAUUUGGAAACAUAUGUUUGAAUGGCUUGGCAUACCGGAGGCGAUUACCAUGGCGGAGUUUCUUGAUUUUGGAGUUUUGCAAGAAAAGGUGAAGAACAUUAGUAGAAAGGCUAAGAUCAAUGUGGUUUGGUUAUCUACGAUUUGGUGUCUUUGGAUCAUGCGGAAUGGUAUUAUAUUCGACGGGAAGGUUUGGACGGCGAUCAAUCGAUGGUUAGACAUCUCUACUGCGCUACAUAAUUCAAUUAUUCCAAACUUUCAACAAUUCAGAGGACUGUGCAGAACAGGCAGAAUCAAGACUGAAAAAUUCAUUGUUAUAUGGUACGCGUGUAUUUCGUUAAUAUGGAAAUGGCGUAACGAGAAAAUUUUUAGAGGAAAAGAUAUAUCAGUUGAGCACCUAGUUGAAGAAGCAAACAUUUUGUCGUGGAAGUGGUUGAAGAGCAAGGCGAAUGGAUUCAAUUACUCUCUCGGGUUGUGGUUAUGCAGCCCUAGACAGUGCUUAGGGUUAAGUGGUUAG